CAGCAGCAUCCAACACACUUGUGGUUAGAAUGGAGCUCUGGUUCACCAUUGUUGCCUCUCUCUGCAUUGCCUUCUUCCUCAAGUCUCUCCAUAAUCUCAUCUUCCCUUCACCCUCCAACCGUAAAAUCAAGAAUCUCCCUCCGGGACCCACCUCGUUCCCCAUUCUCGGGAGACUGCAGUGGCUCCGGCGAUCUUUCUCCGAAAUCGAACCCAUUCUCCGGAGGCUGAGAUCGGAAUACGGUCCCCUCAUCACCCUCAGAAUCGGUCCUAAUCCCUCUAUUUUCGUCUCCAGUCACGAUCUUGCUCACCAGGCCUUGGUCCAAAACGGCGCCGUCUUCUCCGACCGCCCGAAAGCCUUACCCACAACCCGAAUUGUGACUAGCAACCAGUGUAACAUCAGCUCCUCGCCUUACGGGCCGACGUGGCGGCUCCUCCGCCGGAAUCUCACCUCUGAGAUUCUCCACCCUUCUCGGGUCAAGGCCUACACCGGGGCUAGAAAUUGGGUCUUGGGCAUACUGAUGGAGAGGCUCCGAAACGAGUGCGAAUCCGGGUCGGGUGUGAAGCUGAUAGACCAUUUUCAGUACGCCAUGUUCUGCCUCCUCGUGCUGAUGUGCUUCGGGGAUAAACUCGAAGAGUCCAAAAUCAAAGAAAUUGAGAGAAUUCAGCGGAGAUUACUUCUGGGUUUUAGGAGAUUCAACAUCCUCAAUUUCUUCCCAAGAAUCGGGAGGAUCAUUUUUCCGGAUCGGUGGAGAGAAUUGAUCGAAACCCGACAAGAGCAGGAGCGGAUCUUCGUUCCCCUGAUUCACGCCCGAGCUCUGUCCAAAUCCCGCGAGAAAGAUGAAGUCGUGGCCUACGUAGACACGCUCAGGAAUCUAGAGCUGCCGGAGGAGAAGCGGAAUCUCAACGACGGCGAGAUAGUUAGCCUGGUCAGCGAAUUCCUCAGCGCCGGGACGGAUACCACCUCAACCGCGCUGCAGUGGAUCAUGGCGAAUCUUGUUAAGCACCCUUCAAUCCAGGAGAAUCUCUACCGAGAAAUAUCAUCGGUGAUGGGUCCGCCGCCGGGGAAAAUCUCCAGCGGCAAGCCCGUCGUCGGGGAGGAAGAUUUAUCAGGGAUGCAGUAUCUGAAAGCAGUUGUACUCGAAGGUCUGAGGCGCCACCCGCCCGGCCACUUCGUGCUUCCGCACGCGGUGUCCGUUGAGGCGGAGCUCGGCGGGUACACCAUUCCGAAGAACGCCACGAUCAACUUCAUGGUGGGGGAGAUGGGGCUGGACCCGAAUGUGUGGGAUGACCCGAUGGAGUUUAAACCCGAGAGGUUCUUGAAUACGGCGGGUAAUAAAGAUGAGAUGUUUGACUUAACCGGGAGUAGAGAAAUAAAGAUGAUGCCAUUCGGGUCGGGUAGGAGAAUGUGUCCGGGUUGGGGGUUGGCCAUACUGCAUUUGGAGUAUUUUGUGGCAAAUCUGGUUUGGCAUUUUGAGUGGAAGGAAGAUGAGGGUGAAAAGGUGAAUUUUGAGGAAAAACAAGAAUUCACUGUUGUGAUGAAAUAUCCCCUGCGUGCUCUACUUCGCCUUAGAUAAAGUUUUUAUUAAUAAUUACUAGUAUAAUACUUUCACUAAUUUCCUAUCUGUGCUCUGGUUUUUUUAUGUGUUGCAUCCAUGGUUUUAAUUUCAAAAUAAUAAAUAUCGGAUAAUGUUUGGAAGUUUGAAUGUACUAUCAAAAUAUGUACGUACUUUGAUACAUGUUGGUUGUUGUGAUGACAAGCAAGGGGGG